UUUUUUAGCCCUUUCCAUUCUCUGCGGGGCAGACGCUUUACACUGUCCAUCCUUCACCACGUCGCUCUUUUAAGAAGCCUGCAUUCUCCCCCCUUCACUUUUAUACAACGACAGCAACAAUAGCAACAAUACCUUUCAACCACGACACCCAUUCCACCAUAAAACUCGAGAGCACUGCUUGAUUGUCCAAGUCGACGACUCCCACAACCACAACCAAGUCUACCACACCACCACCACCACCAUGGGCUUCAAGAAGAACAUUUUCCUCGCCAGCGCCCUCGCCGCCUGCACUUUGGCCGCGCCCGUCCCCGACUGCAACGGCGGAUCCAACGCUGGGGGCCUGACCGCCGCCACCUUGGUCACGAUUGCGCCCAAGACGCAGUCAUGCUCCGGCGCAGACUUCCCAGAGGAGUGUGCCGACGCCACCAAGGCCGCGGCAGCCCUCAACAAGGCGUUUGCGACGUACAAGAUCACGGCCAAGGGCGAGCAGGCCGCCAUUGUCGCCUACGAGCUGUUUGAGAGCGGCGACUUCAAGUACAAGAAGAACCACUUUCCGGGCCGUCCUGGCCAGGGAACGCGGAUGAUGGCCAUGCCGCCGUUUAUCGAAAAGUACGCGACCAGUGUCGCCGGUGCAGACGCCGUGCAGCAGGCCAAGGCCAAGGGUGGCGACGCGGGUCUCGUGGCCGUGCUCGACCUGGUCAACAGCGACGACGAGAAGAGCUUUGGCAGCGCCGCCUGGUUCGUAAGCACCCAGUGCAGUGCUGAUGUGCGCGCUGGCCUGGCUGCUGCCACCGAGGACGGCUGGACAAAGUUCCUCACCGACUGCGUUGGCACCACAGCUGAUCCUGCGCGCAACCCGGCAUGGGUCGCUGCAACGGCAAACAUCAAGUAAGAGCUGAGAAGUUGGCGUCUUACCUGCUGCUGCUGCUACUGCUGCUGCUACCGUUCAGAUCCUGGUGACUCUGGGCCUGAUGACUGGGGGGAUUUUCUCUGUGCUUACUUACAUACAUACAUACUUACCUUCUUCUUCUUCUUCUUCUACGACUUUGACUAUUACAUGUGUCUACUUGGUCAAUAUCACGAUUCUCCAUGAGUAAAACGCAUUGACGUACUUGUUUUGUGACUCUUGCGUGCUCACCCGUUAUGUUUAUUCACCGU